AUGUCCCACAAAAACCGCCCUCUGCUGCCUCUCGAACCCACCGCCAGCACAAAACGAGCCAAACGAAAAAGCAUCUUUGCUCAGUUGAACUCGAUUCAGUCCCAGUCUAUCUCCAAAAACAUCAAUAACGUUAACAACAUCGACGCAAAUUCCAAUGCCUCUAAUCUCAAUUCAGCACAUCCUCAAAGCAACUACAAUGAAAUCAAUAAAAACCACGCCAGAAAAUUCUCUAAUGCAAGCUCCAACGACACUGAUAUCAAUUUAUCCAAAACUAUCAGACUAAAUCAAUUGAACGAAAAAAUAAACAACCAUUUGUCCAAUAUUGAUCAGUCUUUAAAUAGAUCACUAAAUAUAAUCAACAAUAAAUUCAUUCCGAUCUUGCUAGACUACAACAAGUCCUCAAUUAACAUCAAUGACAAUUUAAUAGUUUUGAAAUCUUUGUUCGAAAACAGCGUUAAUUUUAACUAUCACACUAAUUCUCUAACUAAUGAUUAUACUAACGAUGACUCAAAUGACAUUUCCAACGAUAUUUUCAAUGAAAAUAUAAAUAAUAAUCUAAAUAAAGACUUACAGAGCAAUUCAUUUCAAAAUAUUAAUAACGACCAAUCAUUAAUUGAUAAUAACGAUUCUUUAUCUGGAAAUAAUCAAAAUCAGCUUCAAAAUCAAUCACAGUUACAUCCUCCCACUGCAUCCAAUUUACCCAAUUUACUCAUCGACUCAACUAAUGAAUCAAAUUCCAAUUCACAACUUCAUUCAAAUUCCAAUUUAAAUUUUCAAAAUUACUCUCAACCACAAUCUCAAUUCCUAAAUAAAUUUCUUAACGAAUCAGAAUCUGAAUCUGAAGAUACAAAUAUUAUCAAUAAAAGCCUCAAUAGUAUCACAAAUAUUCAUAAAAAUAAAGAAAAUAAUAAUAAUAAUAAUAUCAUUGACAAUAACUUGACAAUGCUGUCUUCUUCAGCAAGUUCGAUGCCCCCAUUAACCUCAAACUUUUCUUCUUAUUUAUCAAUCUCAAAUGACUUCAUUAAUAAUGAUAUUUAUAGUAAAACUAAAACCAAGAAUAAACCCAAUAAUGAUCAAAACCAAACAAUUGAUUAUAAUCACCAAAUCAAUGAUUCUAUUCAAUCUUCAAAAUCAAACUCCAUCUUUUCUACAGACGUUCUACAAAAAAUUGAAAAAAUGAGAUCUUACUAUAAAAAUAAUAAUAACACUCAACAUAAUUCUUUGAUCCCUUUAAGAACUCCUUUAAAACAGUCUCCGAUAUUAUUAAAAAAUCAUAAUCAAAUCGAUUACAAAAUAUCCCCUUUAAAAAUUAAUUUGAAUCUACCUGAUUUUAAUAAUAAUGAUAAUAUCAUUCUAAGUAACGAAGAAAAAAAUGAUCAAAAUGACAACCAAAAUGAUAACCAAAACGAUAAUUUUCCAAAUAAUCAUUCCCCAAAUAAUAACUCUCCAAAUAAUAACUUAUCCACUUCUCCUUUUAAAAUUGUUUUAACUCCAAAAAGAAGUAAAAUUUUCAGAAAUCUAUCCACUCCAAAUUUAGCGCUAAAUAGUAACAAUAAAAAUAAUUUUGAUAAUUUAAGUACUGAAUUAAGUAUUUCUUCAAGCACAAUGUCAUUCGUCUCUCCAAGAAAACAAAAUCAAUUAAAAUACUUGAAAAAUUAUAGAUUUCCUAAAACCCCAGAAAAACAGAAAAAGAUUGACACUAACUUAGAAUUAUUACUAAAAUCUCCCGAUAUACCAGAACCACAAUUAAAUACGUUAAUUCAAAAAGAUUUCAUUUCAAAUUUACUAAAAAAAAAAUCUUAUGCUAAUAAUACUAAUGGUAACAUAUUCAACGAUUACAAUAAUAAUACUAAUAAUUCACUAUCAACAACUACGGCAUCAAUUCCCUCUCCAAAAUUGGAUGAUAUAACUUUACAAAUACUUAAAAGUAAUAAAAAAAGAAAGGGUUUAUCUGAUGAAAAUGUUGAUAAAAACAAGAUCCAAAAGAAAAGAAAUACCACUCAAGUUGAUUUCGACACUGACAAUAAUGAUUACAAACAUUCCUAA